AUGUAUAUAUUAAUAUUGCUUGAAAUCAUUCUAGUUACUAUAUAUUGUGCUAAAAUAAUCAACAAUAUUUGCUGCAAAGAUGUUAACUUUAUUGUAAAAGUUACAUGUCUGAUUUCUUGGUUAACGAAUUUCAUUUUACUUAUUUUAUUACCAUUAGAUAAUUAUAUAACAUUUAAAGAUCAAGAAACAUAUAGUAAUUAGAAUGGUUUAGAGGUUCAUUCCAGAGAAUAUGAAGCAAUAGCAAAUGUAAUAUUUCAUAUCAAUAAAGAUAUAUUAAAUAUUGUAUUGGGCUAAUUUCAUACUUUGCUGGACAAUUAUUCUAAUAAUGUAGGAAUAUGAAGAAGCUAUAGAUCUUAAUCAAACUUCAAAGUUUAUGAGAUCUUUAAUUAAUAAUGGCAAAUUUUUUUUAGUAAUUGGAAUUGCUGGCAUAAUAUUUGUUGUCAUACUUUUGAUUACAGGAUAAGCAUGA